GAGAAGAGCCGCGCAGAGCUGUUGUGAAGGAAGUUCAUCAAGAUUCCCAUAACUUUUGCUCACGAGUGUCUCAGCGAUCUAAUGGACUGUCUCAGUGCUAGAGGCGUAACUACAGACACUGGUUCGAUUUCGGGCUGUAUCACAACCGGCCAUGAUCGGGAGUCCCAUAGUGGCGGCGCAUAAAUUGGCCCAGCGUCGCACGGGUUAGGGGAGGAUUUGGCCGUAAUUGUAAAAUACGUUUUUGUUCUUAACUGACUUCCCGGGUUAAAUAAAGGCUAAAGAAAAUUAUGUGGUAGACAAAAAACUAGCAAUUACGGUAUUAUGGUCAAGGCAAUAAGGAGGAAGUGAAGGGUGUGGAAUGUCAUCCAUUUCUUUUCAACUCUACUAAAGGAACGAUGGCGCUCCGGACUUUAGGUUGUCACCUGGGGCGUUUUCUAGGGAUUUACCGCCAGCCCCAGUCCUGUGGGCUGGCUGUGUUGGGGGUGUGGGGGUUACCCAUGGUGUCGAUGGGGGUGAGAUGUAAGAGCUCCGGCCCUGUACAGGUGAGUCACCUGGACCACCUUGUGUUGACCGUGAAGAGUGUUCCAGACACCUGCACCUUCUACUCCUCUGUCCUGGGCAUGAAGGUCAUCACCUUUAAGGGUAACCGUAAGGCGCUGUGUUUUGGGAAGCAGAAGUUGAACCUGCACCAGGUGGGUCAGGAGUUUGAACCCAAGGCUUUGAGACCCACCUCAGGAUCAGCUGACCUCUGUCUCAUCACCCUCACCCCCCUGGCUGCUGUAGCUACACACCUACAGGCGUGUGGUGUGGAGAUAGAGGAGGGUCCAGUGGAGAGGAGUGGUGCUGUCGGACCCAUCACAUCUCUCUACUUCAGAGACCCAGACCACAACCUGAUAGAGGUCUCUAACUACAACCAACCAACAAAGGACUGAGGCCUUCUGUCAACCUCUAACUACAUGUACAACCAACAUCCUUUAGCUAAACAUCUACCUUCAACAGACCAACAUCCUUUAGCUCAACAGCUACCUUCAACAGACCAACAUCCUUUAGCUAAACAGCUACCUUCAACAGACCAACAUCCUUUAGCUAAACAGCUACCUUCAACAGACCAACAUCCUUUAGCUAAACAUCUACCUUCAACAGCCUUUAGCUCAACAUCUACCUUCAACAGCCUUUAGCUCAACAUCUACCUUCAACAACCUUUAGCUCAACAUCUACCUUCAUCAGCCUUUAGCUCAACAUCUACCUUCAUCAGCCUUUAGCUCAACAUAUACCUUCAUCAGCCUUUAGCUAAACAUCUACCUUCAUCAGCCUUUAGCUAAACAUCUACCUUCAACAGCCUUUAGCUAAACAUCUACCUUCAACAACCUUUAGCUAAACAUCUACCUUCAACAGCCUUUAGCUAAACAUCUACCUACAACAGCCUUUAGCUAAACAUCAACCUUCAACAGCCUUUAGCUCAACAUCUACCUUCAACGGCCUUUUGCUAAACAUCUACCUUCAACAUCCUUUAGCUAAACAUCUACCUUCAACAUCCUUUAGCUAAACAUCUACCUUCAACAUCCUUUAGCUAAACAUCUACCUUCAACAGCCUUUAGCUAAACAUCUACCUUCACCAGCCUUUAGCUAAACAUCUAUUUUCAACAGCCUUUAGCUAAACAUCUACCUUCAACAGCCUUUAGCUAAACAUCUACCUUCAACAGCCUUUAGCUAAACAUCUACCUUCAUCAGCCUUUAGCUAAACAUCUACCUUCAACAGCCUUUAGCUAAACAUCAACCUACAACAGCCUUAGACAACAACAACCAUUUAACUGCAACAGAAGAACAAAGGGCAUUCUUAUAUUUUGUGUUUUUUUGCUCAGCCAACUUAUUUGUCUUUUGGCAGGAAGAUAACAGUAGUUAGACUGAAGAGUUAGCGCUAAGGUAACCUUUAUGAGGACAACAACGUAGUUCCUACGUGUCACGUUUUGGCCUAGCCAGAUCUCUAUGUUAGCCAAUUCCUUUGUUGUUUGGGGUGAUGACUUGCCUUGUUAAAUAAAAAAAAAUGAGAGGCAAAAUAGUUGUUUGAAGGAGAACCAUAUCUACAGUAGGUCAGUCUGCGUCGAUUCACUUUCUGGUCAGUCUGCGUCGAUUCAGUAUCUACAUGGAGUAUUUUCAACUUUCUGGUCAGUCAGCAACAAACCAAAGUCCAUUUUUAAGAUGUAAAUGUAGCAUUACAGAUACUAUCAUAACUAAAUGCUGUAACUCCAGCUGGCCCUGUUUAGACCUGUUUAUCAAUGGCUCCGGCCAGUCCACUCUGUUAGAGGCUGUUCAGUUCAUAUUGACGUCAUGUAGCUAGCAGGGCUGACUGGUCAGAUAGCAUCAGCGGGCAGGCUAGUCCCAACAACACAGCUUGUUGUUUCAGCUAGCAGGGCUGACUGGUCAGAUAGCGUCAGCAGGCAGGCUAGUCCCAACAACACAGCUUGUUGUUUCAGCUAGCGGGGCUGACUGGUCAGAUAGCGUCAGCAGGCAGGCUAGUCCCAACAACACAGCUUGUUGUUUCAGCUAGCGGGGCUGACUGGUCAGAUAGCGUCAGCAGGCAGGCUAGUCCCAACAACACAGCUUGUUGUUUCAGCUAGCGGGGCUGACUGGUCAGAUAGCGUCAGCAGGCAGGCUAGUCCCAACAACACAGCUUGUUGUUUCAGCUAGCGGGGCUGACUGGUCAGAUAGCGUCAGCAGGCAGGCUAGUCCCAACAACACAGCUUGUUGUUUCAGCUAGCGGGGCUGACUGGUCAGAUAGCAUCAGCGGGCAGGCUAGUCCCAACAACACAGCUUGUUGUUUCAGCUAGCAGGGCUGACUGGUCAGAUAGCAUCAGCAGGCAGGCUAGUCCCAACAACACAGCUUGUUGUUUCAGCUAGCGGGGCUGACUGGUCAGAUAGCGUCAGCAGGCAGGCUAGUCCCAACAACACAGCUUGUUGUUUCAGCUAGCGGGGCUGACUGGUCAGAUAGCGUCAGCAGGCAGGCUAGUCCCAACAACACAGCUUGUUGUUUCAGCUAGCGGGGCUGACUGGUCAGAUAGCGUCAGCAGGCAGGCUAGUCCCAACAACACAGCUUGUUGUUUCAGCUAGCGGGGCUGACUGGUCAGAUAGCGUCAGCAGGCAGGCUAGUCCCAA